CCCUGAUUUAUUUCCGACGAAUCUCUGAUUACGAAUCCAUGAAUUCAGGGACGAAUCAUGGAUUCGUCGCUGAUUCUAGGAUUAAAUCACACGCGAGCCCUAAUUUUCCAAUCUCCGAUCCCGCUCGCGAACGAAGGCUCCGCCGGCGCCGGUUCACUCAAGCACGCCGAUCUCCUCCUGUUUCUAUCUGACGUGGACUUAAAGUACAGGUCUCUAUCUGACGUGGACUUAAAGUAGUUGGAGACACUUGUCUUUGUUCAUCUGCUUUAGGAAAAAUGCAGAAAGAAAGGAGUUGGAUGUAUAAGAAGAACUUACCUGAACGUCGAGGUCUAACUGAUGAGUUUAUUAUUGGAUUGAAACAAUUUUUGGAUUUUGCUUCGAGUAAUGUUGAGUUUAUGGAUGGGAAAAAGUUAAGGUGUCCAUGCAGAAAGUGUCACAAUGGAAAAUUUUUGCAGUCUAAUCAAGUUGAAGAACAUCUUUGUAGAUUUGGUUUUACCCCGAAUUAUUAUAAUUGGACAUGUCACGGUGAACCGUUCAUAUCUUAUGAGGAUUAUGGACGAAAUACACAAGUCUCAGUUAAUGGGGAUCAAAGUUAUAAUUAUGAACAAUUAAAUCCAUAUCACAGGAUGGUAAUUGAUGUAGCGGAUCAAAAUUUUAUUCCAGAAUCGAGCAUUGCAAGUUCGAGUUUUCCUCCAACAUUUGAACAGAUGUUUACCAGUUAUGCAUCACCAUUAGAGGAGGUAACGCCACCGGCUAUCGAUGAAAAUGCAAAUAAUGCACCAUAUCUCCAAUUUCAAGAAGUGUUGAGUGCUGCAAAUAAGCCUUUGUGGGCUGGUUGUACAAGUCACACUAAAUUAUCUUUUACCAUAAAGCUGUUGAAUAUAAAGGCAAAACAUAAUGUGUCUGAAGAUUGUUUUAAUGCUAUUGUUCAAGUUUUUGGAGAGGCAUUGCCGCGUGAUCACAUAAUGCCCAAUGAUUUUUGUAGUAUGAAAAAACUCAUGAAAGACUUAGGUCUUCCGAUGGAAAGAAUUGAUGUUUCCAGAGAUGAUUGUAUGCUAUAUUGGGGAGAUGAUGAAGAUGCAAAUGUUGUAAAUUCUGUAAUCAAGCUUGGUACAAGAGCACCAAGAGGUGAAGGUGAAGGUGAAGGUGAAGGGUUGCUAAGGAAAAUGUUGACACAUGGAAAUUCACAUCGGAAUAGUUCAAUAUACCAGUGGGGGCUUUUUCUUGCAUCCUGAAUGAGCUGGGAUUAUACUGGUGGGGGUUUUUCUUGCAUCCUGAAUGAGCUGGGAUUAUACUGGUGGGGCCUAGUUCAAUAAAUCUGGGCAAGAGGCACAAACUAAACUAGAUAUUUUCAAUUUCAGUAAAUAAACACAGUAUCUAUCCUCCAUAGGAAACAGCAGUAAGAUCGUUGUUCAGGUAAAUUAUAUUUGGCUUAUGCAACUUCCAAAGCACAUAAUAUAUUUGAAUGAUUGAGCAUGUGUAAACAGGGGUAGGCAACUCACCACCAUAAAGAACAAAAACAAAAGCACACAUAAUAUGGACUCGAGUGAUUGAUGAUAUUUGCAAUUAGGGUUGGACUAUAGUGCAAAGAGAGUAAGCUAAAAUUAGAUAUUCAUAACAAAAAGAAACAUGAUUGUCGAAUUCUGGAGUAUUUGUUAACAAGUCUUUAGCUAGCAUACUACAAGCAAUUGAAGCUUCCUUAAAGUGUAGCAUAUAGAGCAAUAAAUUACCGUGUAUUCAAGCUUGCCUUUGUAUGACCUUUCCGCCUCAAGCAACACAAAGGGUUCCCCAUUUAUAUAUAUAACAGGUUCUUCUCUCAUAUUGUGCCAGAAAACAGAGUAUCCACCAUUACUUCUAAUUUGCUGAAUCAUAGCUUGAAUACCAUCAACUGUUGGGUUUGCGACACCAUAAACUGGAAACCCUGUAACAUGACGAAAAUUAGGUGCAGCAUCCACUCUUUCAUGCAAACUAAGAUUCUGACAUCCUGAGCAGUGGUCACUUUUCAAGACUGUUUGACUUCCCAGAACUUCUCCAUUCCUCAUAGCAGCAACCAUACCAAUUUCAUAAGGACAACCAUCAGUAGAUACAACAAUGUUAAUCAAGGAAGGCGCCGAAAUUGAGUAUCCAAGUGCACCCAUUGGAUCUCUCCUUAGCAAUCUGCAAAAAAAGUAACCAUAUCAGAAUAGCCAAUAUGUAAAACGAUUUGAAAUAACUCAUUUCUGCAUUAACAAGUCGACAUGGGUAAGCACGUUCAAGAAUUCAAUAGCUUUGCAUAAUGCAAGAUGGCAUGAAAACCAUUAGAGGAUAAGGUCGAUGGGUAUUUCAAAGCUUCUAACUUGCUCCUGACAACAUCAAAAGAAAGUAUAAUAUACUACAAGCAAAGAAUUGGAUGGGAAAGCAUAGGGAUCAUAUAAAUUAUUAUAGGUUGUUAUAUACUGUCACAGGUUCCAUAUAUUCUUGUUAAGGCAUUAUCAUUCUGUGGUCAAAAGGUUGUAGAAAAUUUACUGUGAAAACGUUGGAUAGAACUUGCAUUAUGUAAUAAAGAUAAGGAUAUAAAAUAAAAUAAAAUGAACCUACUAGCCAUCAUGACUUAUGAAUAGAAUGCUGGAUGACCUUCUUGGUACAAAUUAACCAGAAAUAUUUAUCAAACUUCUGGUUUUAGAAAGAAGCUCAUUCAGCCACGUGCAUAUGCUGUGCUUCAUUACUGCCUUAUGUAAUGUCAUUACGUAAUAGAUUUAAUAAGUAUAAAUCUUGGCAAUAUAACUCAUAUGCAGUAACAUUGAUUUAGUCCUUAAUCGCACUCACCCCACUUCCCAAUAACUUUUUAGUAAUAUAGAAGUGUGAAGUAGUUGAAUCAAUGCUAUAAUUAUGUUUUAAUUGAAGAAUUAAAGAAGAUAAGAAUGAAAGAGGAUUUUCCCCAAAGCAAACCAUAUCAUUGUCUUCUUAAGUUAAACGGUGACUCUAGAACUAAUUCAUACUCUGUAUUUUCAUCUUAACCAUCUUACUUUUCUAAGUUUGUUUUCUGAUGCAGGAAAAGAGGAAGCUCAA